AUGACUCUUCGGUCCAACUUAAACAUUGUCCUUAGCACCGCUUUCUUAGUUCAGUACUGUUGCCCAGUUUUGGCACAGCAUAGCAAUUUAUUGGAUCUCUUUGGCAUAAACACAGGACAAAGUGGUACGGUGAGUGAUCGCAUCCCAACUGAUGAUAUUACCAGGUUACGGAAACCACUACCUCAAGUAAUGCUUCUAGAUGGCAUCCCAUCUGUUCCAGGUAUUAUUGGCAGUUUUCCGGGGAUUGGCGGCUGUUUGCUCCGUCGAACACCACUCGUCAACCAACGUUCGCCCAGCUUAUUCCAGAAUCUUCUUCGUUUCAUACCUGGAGCGCAAGAUUAUCUUUCUGAUUUGGUUAAAACGCCAAUAGUCGAUUUGCACUCUUUAAUGGGAAACCCCCAUGGUAUUCCUAAAGUGGGCUUUGGCUACGGCAUCAUACACAACGAAAAAGUUUACAUUUAUAUUCAGGAAGAUCCAUGUCCUUAUCAAGUCGUGAUAACAGGACCAAAAAAUGCUGAAAGUGGACAAUAUGAGUAUAUCGUAAUUACCAAUUGGGCAAAAUUUCCGCUGGUUACUAUGACUCGUGAUUUGGCACAAUUCAAUGCCAACUACCGAAAUGAACUCACUCAGCGCUUCAAAGAUGAGGGAUACAUCCGCGAAUUUUUCGAGAUAAUCGGUAACUGGAUGCAUCAAGUUGACUGGACCAAUUGCAAGGCGCUAACUCCUAUUGCUUUCAUUUCAAGCAUUAUAAACCAAUUCAUUACUGGAAUGUUAUAA